CCAUUUUCGCUUUCCGUACAUCCAGUUGUGUUGUUCUUCGUAAGGGGAGAACUGGAUAUUCCAGAAGGAAACAGAAUCGACUGCUACAACGGUUUUCUGGUGCAGAAGAGAUUUGACGACUUCAGCUCAUCUCCUGCCUGAAUAUUAGUUUCAUCUGAAACUCUUUGGAACACUGGUUUACUCAUUAAAUAAGUCGCUCUGUAAAGAUUUGAGUCAGAUUAAAAGCAAUAUUUUGAGUUCAAAUCAUUUUAAGUAGGUCAAGCUCGUCAGUUCCUCAAACAGCGUGAGAAUGAACUGCGGUCUUCUGAGUGGGUUGAAUGAGCCAGUUCCUCUGAAGAGCAUCUCAGUGGAGGUUCGGGUUCAGGAUCAUGUCGCCUCGGUCUCCUCCACUCUGCAGUAUGUGAAUGACGAGCAGCGCCCCCUGGAGGCCUUGUUCGUCUUCCCUCUGCCUGCUGAUGCUGCUGUCUGCCACUUCAGUGCCAAGAUCGGAGAGCAGGAGAUUGUGGCAGAGCUUCAAGACAAGGAGAAAGCGAAGGAUCAGUAUGAUGAUGCUGUGAGUUCAGGACAGCAGGCGUUUCUGUUGGAAGAGAGCGCAGAGAGUCCUGAUGUGUUCAGACUGAGUGUCGGGUGUCUGUUGCCGGGUCAGAACGCUGCCGUCACCAUCAUCUACAUUACUGAGCUCGCUGUGCAGGCCGACCAAUCACUGCGCUUCUGUCUGCCAGCUGUUCUCAACCCCAGAUACACACCAGCAGGUUCAGAUGCUGGUAUAGUGUCAGAGAUUUCAUCAGUAAGUGGAGCAGUUCCCUACUCUCUGACUCUCAGUGUCCACGUGAGCUCUCCAAAGCCCAUCUCCAAACUAGAGUCCAACUGCACUCUGGAUCCUCUCGUGUUCCUCUGCUCUGACCACACUCAGGCUACGGUGAAUCUGAGUCCUGGUCACAUGUUUGAUAGGGAUGUUGAGCUGUUCCUGUACUAUCAGGACACCCAUCAGCCCUCUGCUGUAGUGGAGGCAGGAGUGGCCACUGCACCGUCAGGCUCUCUAAUGAGAAACCCUGUGGUCAUGAUUAGUUUGUACACAGAGUUUCCAGAGGAAGUGAUGUCAUCAAUGGCAACUCAACGUGAGUUUGUUUUUGUGAUGGACAGAUCAGGCAGUAUGGACGACAUGAUGCAUCGUGGAAAAGAAGCACAGCACCGCAUUGAAAGUGCAAAGGACACUCUGCUCUUACUGUUGAAGAGUCUGCCCAUGGGAUGCUACUUCAACAUCUAUGGAUUUGGAUCUGACUUUGAGUCUUUCUUCCCUAAAAGUGUUGAGUACAGUCAGGACACAAUGGAUCAGGCUCUUGAAAGAGUCAUGGAAAUGCGAGCAGACAUGUGCGGCACAGAGAUUUUACAGCCUCUAGCACACAUCUACAGUCAGCCCUGCAUCCCUGAACACCCCAGACAGCUGUUCGUCUUCACUGAUGGAGAAGUAGGAAACACUAAAGAGGUGCUGGAUCUGGUGAAAAGUCACGCUCGUUCUCACAGGUGUUUCUCAUUCGGGAUUGGUGAAGGUUCAAGCACCGCCCUCAUCACAGGAUUGGCCAGAGAGGGUUCAGGUCAUGCCCAGUUCAUCACAGGCAGAGAGCGCAUGCAGCCCAAAGCGAUGGAGUCCCUCAGGUUUGCUCUUCACCCCGCUGUGUCUAAUAUCUCAGUGAAGUGGAAACUUCCAAUGCUUGUUACUGCAGAAACAGUUUCUCCACCCAUCAAUGUGCUCUUCCAUGGUCAAAGGACUCUCAUUUAUGCCCAACUUAAAGGAAAGAGUUUAAGAGGCUCUGAGGGAUCAGUGACAAUCAAAUACAGUCUUAAAGAUCAACCAGUGACAAACCAGCUGCACUUCUGCAUCAAACCAACUGAGGAAACAGGGUUGGUCGUCCACCAGCUGGCAGCUCGAACCCUGAUCCGUUCUCUAGAGCAAAAGGAGAGAUCUAGUGCUGAAAGUAAGAAUCUCAGGAGCUCAAUAAUGAAGCUCAGUGUUCAGGCAGGAGUGAGCAGUGUUCAUACAGCCUUCAUUGGCAUUAAUAAAGACACCAAACAGAUUGUGAAAGGACCCCUGCAGCGGAGAAGAGUGCCGACACAAGGUCAGAUGAAAACGCUUUAUUUGAUUGGUCCUCCUAUUGACUUGGAUUAUGAUGAUGAUUGUUCUAUUUAUAAAGCUGCACCUGAGCCUCCCCAGGACCUGUUACUCCCGCUGGUUUCCCUCCAGAAGGCCUCGGGCUGCUGGGAACUGGACGCCGCAUUGGCUGCUGUGUUGGGGAAGACAGAGGAUGAGCUGACCAAUCAGAAACCAGCACAGGUGGAUGGGUCAGUGUGGGCCACUCUCCUGGCUCUGAUCUGGUUGUACGGCUGGAGAAAAGGGCAGCAGGUGGAGUGGCAGUUUGUGGCCAGGAAGGCAGCGGCGUGGAUCACCUCUCAGAAAGUGGGCGAUCUGUCUCAGUGUGUGUGUGUGGGUAAUGUCCUGCUCGGAUGUCAGGUCACCAAAGACUCUCUGGGGAUCUGAAGAUAUCGGAAGACCAAAGAACAGACGCCAUUACAUUUAUAGUUAAUCUCUUACUUGCGUCAGAAACAUUUAAUCUGUGAUUUUUAUUUGCUCAAAUCAACACCAAAUCCUAAAUGAACCUGACCUCCACCAUCAUUAGAUGAAACCUCUCCAACCUGUUUCUACACAACAGCUAUGUAUCUUCAUUUCUCGGUUCAUCUAUUGAAUAUUAAGAGACAAUGUAUUAUAAUUAAUGACUUAUUUUACAAAAAGACAAUCAUUUUGAGGAAUAAAAAAGAGCUUCGGCCUCAGAUAAGCUCAAGAAACUGAUGCUACAAUAACAAACCUAAUAACAGACCCGUUCACACCAAGCAUGAUACUGAACGUUAAGCCCUCUUUUAUACAAUUAUUUAAAGAUAAUGACUAUCUAACAAUUGCUUAUACCAUGGAAAAGAAUGAUUAAUACACAACUCCAGGCCAACAAAUUGAAGUAUAAGAAUAAAAGUAGCUCAGUUAUCCAGAUUCAGCAUCUUUGUGUUUCCUCAUGUUGUUUUUAUUCCACUAACCUGACGACUACAGGAAAAGCCGAGACCAGCACAUUUGGCGUCGUCCUUUAUUAUU